AUGAAGACAACAAUUGAUAAAUUUCAUAGACAAGCAAAACAAGAAGGAUAUCGGGCACGUUCUGCUUUUAAACUAAUUGACGUUGAACGAGAUUUUCAUAUUUUUGAUGGUGUCCAUAAUGUUGUUGAUUUAUGUGCAGCACCUGGAAGUUGGAGUCAAGUUUUAAGUAAAACCAUAAAAGAACCAAAAAAUAUUGUUUCAGUAGAUUUACAAGAUAUUGCGCCAAUAGAAGGAGUAACAUUAGUGAAAGGAGACAUCACAAAAGGAUCAACAGCAAAGGAAGUAAUGUCACAUUUUACUGAUGGGAAAGCAGAUUUAAUAAUUUGUGAUGGAGCACCAGAUGUAACAGGAAUACAUGACAUUGAUGAAGCAAAUCAAUGGAUAUUGAUGCAAGCAGCAUUUUCAAUAAUGGCAGUUGUAUUAAAACAAGGAGGUUCAUUUGUAGCUAAAAUAUUUGUAGAGAAUGAAUAUCCACAUUUAUACUUUCAGUUUAAAUCAGUUUUUGAAAGUGUUACAAUUUAUAAACCAGAGAGCAGUAGAAGUAGUAGUUAUGAACAUUUUGUUGUUUGUAAAGGAUUUAAUGAAGCAAAUACAUGUUUAUUAGAAGAUGUUCCAGAUAAUUUAGAGGAUUUACCAUUAACAAAACGUGUAAUGACAAGAGAAAUAGAAUCUGUUCCUAUUCAAUUAGAACUUUAA